AUGUCGGCAACUCCCACCGCGACGCCGUCAGGCUCGGCGUCACUGACGGGCACGCUUGCCUCAUCCCUGGCUUCGUCUCUGUCAACCGCCCUUUCCGCUACAAUCUCUGCGACUCUGAGCUCAAACGGAACCAUUACCUCUUCGGCGUCACCAACGGCAGAGCCCUCGCCGGCUGAAACGUCAGCCCUGCCUGCUAGUGUGGAAAGAUACCAAGGAAUAACUCUGGUUGCGUUCCUCACUGCUCUGGCAACCGGUAUUGCAGUCUUUUCCUUGCAGGUCAUCGCCUUCUUGCUCCUGCGGAACAAGAUUGCGCGUAUCUUCACACUAAUUCAUUACAACGACCGCGAGAUCAUCAAAAAGUGUGGCUUGGACGCCUACUUUUUCCUCCGCUAUCUCAAAACUCUCCUUACAAUCUUUAUCCCCAUUGCCCUAAUUGUCAUCCCCAUCCUGACUCCGCUCAACUAUAGCGACGGUGUGGGCCAUGACUUGAUCGAUGACGCCAAGAAAGAGACCACCAACGGUACCAGCUCCGCCCGGAUUCGUCUCAGGAUCAGAGACGGCGAAUCGGCCAGCAGUGAUUCCGACACACCUACAGGCCUGGAUACCUUGGCCUGGGGCAACGUCAACAGGAGCCACACUGGCCGGUACUGGGCACAUCUGGUUCUAGCGCUUCUCGUUAUUGUUUGGGUUUGCUUUGUCUUCUUUUUUGAGCUUCGCGUCUACAUCAAAGUCCGACAGGACUACCUGACGAGUGCCGAGCAUCGCCUCAGAGCUUCAGCCACGACCAUUCUUGUCAAUAGCAUUCCUUCCAAGUGGCUGUCAGAGGAGGCUUUGCUGGGUCUCUUUGAUGUGUUCCCAGGUCAGAUCCGGAACAUCUGGCUCAAUCGUGACUUGACCACACUGCUCGAGAAGAUUCAGCUACGCGAGAAGAUCCACCUGAGAUUGGAGGGCGCUGAGACGGAGCUUGUGAAAGCUGCAAAGAAGAAGCAACUGAAGAGGAAAAAGAAGGAGGACAAGGCGGCCAGAAAGGAGGCCAACGCCAAGGGGCCGACUAGGCAGGAGGAGGCCAUGAGGCGACAGCGAGAGGAUGCCGAAGCCAAGAAGAGAGCUGAGGCUGGUCAAGGUAUCAGCUCUGGGGAGCAUGAGGAAGUUCCCCAUGACAUCAGCGCGAUAAUAGACGAAAACAGCAGGGACCCGAAGUCGAGACGCUCAAGCACCUCAUCCUCGGACUCCUCAGACGAUGGCAAUCGGCCACAGUCCCGGGGUUUCGGGCUUGGGCUUCUCGGGGACGGCAUCAGCAAAGUCGGCAAAGGCAUCCUCGGCGGCGUCGGUAAAGCCCAUCAUAACAUCAAGGAAUUCAGCGAUGACGUGGAAGAGACCGUUGAGACGACAAACGGCUUCGCCAUGCUGCACCCGAGUGAUCGUCCUCGCAAAGUCCAGAUUAUCACCGAGGACGAACGGCCUGGAACGGCCAAAAGUCCAAGAAGCACCACGGAGCAAGCCGAGCCGUCUCCGAAUACAGAGACGUACAGGACGCACUCCCGAAACCCAUCCGCUGUCUCCCAGGAAACCACCGACCAGAACUACAAGCGAAGCUACGAGCCGUUUGGUAAUGGCAACACCGUGCGCAAAGUCAGCAACCUCGAUCACAUGUACGACCAGAAGGAACGCAAGUUCUGGCAGUUCUGGAAAGCCCCUGCCGGUGGCUACGCAUCGCCUGUGCCUCAAGGUUUCGAAGGCGGAGAUUAUCCUUUCGGGCAGACAAAGGACAAAACUACAUGGCAGAAAAUCAAAGCCUAUAUUCCCUUCAUGGGCGGAGCCGACGAAGCACCUGUUGAAUAUCCCGAAUCCAACGCCAUUGGCGGCGAGUACAAGAACAUCUUGGAUGACGAAGCAGAGUGGCGCAAAUGGGUCAAGGAGAAGAACAGGCCGAUGCAUCGACUGCCGCGGUGGGGCUUCCCUGACUGGCUCGCCUGGCUUACUUUUGGUCCCAAGGUUGAUACCAUCUAUUGGUGUCGGUCUGAGCUGGCACGUCUGAACGUGGAAAUCGACGACGAUCAAGCGCACCCCGAGCGCUACCCCCUGAUGAACUCCGCCUUCAUCCAAUUCAACCACCAGGUUUCGGCACAUAUGGCUUGUCAAAGUCUCAUGCACCACAUCCCAAAGCACAUGUCACCUCGAAUCAACGAAGUCUCACCCAAGGAUGUCAUCUGGGACAACAUGGCAUUGAAGUGGUGGCACGAGUCCAUCAGGUCUGGUAUCGUCACUGUCGUCAUCGCGGCCAUGGCCUUUUUCUGGGCCAUCCCCAUCGCUUUUACCGCCUCCAUUGCCAACAUCGACGGCCUUGUUGACCAAUUUCCCUGGCUGGCAUGGAUCAAGAAGGACCCCGUUGAGAAGGUUGCUGGAGCCGUUGCCGGUGUCUUGCCCGCUAUCCUGCUCGCUCUCCUUCUCUUGAUUGUUCCCCUCAUCCUCGAACAGUUGGCGCUUUUCCGAGGCGUCAAGACCGGGUCACAAAAGGCCGAAUUUGUCCAGCGCUUCUACUUCAUCUUCCUCUUCAUUCAAGUCUUCCUCGUCGUUUCGAUUGCCUCGUUCUUCGUUGCAUCAGUCGACGAGCUGUGGAGCAACUUUGAGCAGCUCUCAAACGUUACCAACAUUCUGAACCUCCUCGCCAGAAAUUUGCCCAAGGCCUCCAACUACUUCUUCUCGUACAUGUUGCUCCAAGCGCUGUCUGUCAGUUCGGGAACACUGCUCCAGAUCGGUGGCCUUGUCACUUGGUAUCUUUUGGCUCGAAUCCUAGACACUACAGCUCGUGACAAGUGGAAGAGGAACACAACUCUCUCGACGAUUGCAUGGGGACAAUUCUUCCCCGUCUACACCAAUUUCGCUUGCAUCGCCUUGGUCUACAGCGUUAUCGCGCCGUUGAUUUCGCUUUUCGCGGUCCUGACAUUCGGCUUGUUGUGGUUCGCGCAGCGUUACAGCAUGCUGUAUGUCACGCGGUUCGAGACCGACACAGGCGGUGUCUUGUAUCCUCGCGCAAUCAAUCAGACAUUCACAGGCUUAUACGUCAUGGAAGCCUGCUUGGCAGGCUUGUUCUUUAUCGUCGUGGACGAGCAUGAUAACAAUACUGCAACACCCCAGGGCGCCAUCAUGCUGGUAACGAUGAUCCUCACGGCAGUCUACCAAGUUUCGCUGAACACGUCCUUUUCGCCUCUGUUCCGGUAUUUGCCCAUCACUAUUGAGGAUGAGGCGGUUAUCAGAGACGAGGCAUUCCAGCGAGCUCAAAACCGACGUUUGGGACUCGUCGACGGUGACGAUGAUCUCGACGACGAGAAGACACCCAUGACGAAUGGCGACGGGCCUAAAGCGGAACCCCGAGAGGAUGGAGGAUGGGGGAGCGCCGAAGAGGAAGCCAUCGACGAUGCGCCGAGUCAAGGACGUCGGUCACUGGGCUAA